AUGAAUUUUAUUUAUUUGCCUCUAUUAUUUUUUAUUUCUUGCGUAAGUGCUGAUGAUGUUUCAAUUAAAGUAUGCAGUAGACCACUUCUGCCACAAGCACCAGCAGUUGGUGUACCUGGAGUAGGAGUGCCUGGAGUUGGAGUACCUGGAGUGGGAGUCCCUGGAGUUGGAGUACCUGGAGUUGGAGUUCCUGGAGUUGGAGUACCAGGAGUAGGAGUACCUGGAGUAGGAGUGCCUGGAGUUGGGGCAGCAGCUGAAGUUAUGAAUCGUCCAACUGUCGAUCCAAAUCUAUGUUUCGACUUGGACCCAAAAGCGUGUUCAGAAAUAUUCAAGUUGCAUACACCAGAUCAAACAAUUCCAGCACAACUUAAUCCGUAA